AUGCUACCGCCGCCGCUUGCACCCGGCGCAGCUGAUGAAGACGAGUCGUCCGAUGACGACGUUGGACCUGCACCCCCCACCGCGGCGGAAGCGGCAGCGGCGGACGCCACCAGCGACCAGCGGCAAAAGAAGAAGCGCCGACGCGUGCUGUCGCACGAGGGGCUCUACAUGUCGCACCUGCCGUGCGCAACGCGGUACUAUAAGUCGUUUAUGCACCGCGACACACUGUGCCGUGUAGACGUGACGCCGCACCCGACGGACUUUCUGAUCACCGCGAGCGUCGACGGACACGUCAAGUUCUGGAAGAAGCAGGAGGAGGGUAUCGAAUUCGUUAAGCACUACCGUGCGCACCUCGGUGUCAUCGUCGACACAAGCGUCAGCGCUGAUGGCGUGCUGUACGCGAGCAUCAGCAGCGAUGGGACGGCGAAAGUGUUCGACGUGGCCAACUUUGACAUGAUCAACAUGCUCACGCUCGGCUACACGCCGCGCGCGUGUUGCUGGAUGCAUCGCAAGGGCAAGGCCGCGUCGAUUCUCGCUAUCGCUGAGGAGGGUAGCCACAGGAUCCGGCUGUAUGACGGACGGGGCGAUGGUGAGCCAUUUGCCGUCGUCGAGAACGUGCACAAGAAGCCAUGCCACUUGCUGGCGUACAACGAAGCGUACGACUGUGCCGUCAGUGCCGAUGUGGUGGGAAUGAUCGAGUACUGGCGUCCGGACGAGCCGUACGACCUCCCGUCCAACCAGGGGCUAUGGAGCUUCAAGUCCGAAACAGACUUGUUCGACUUCAAGAAGGCCAAGUCCGUCCCGUGCACUAUCACCUUUGCCCCAGACGGCUCCAAGUUCAGCACGACGUCGCUGCCGGACAGGCAAGUGCGUCUGUUCUCAUUCAAGACCGGCAAGCUGCUGCGUAAGUAUGACGAGUCACUGCGCGCCGUACAGGAAAUGCAGCAGCAACAGCAACAACAACAACGAGGAGAAGGACAGCAGCACAUGGACGAGAUGGAUUUCGGGCGGCGGCUGGCUGUCGAGCGGGAUCUGUAUACUGGUGCGGGCAUGUCAGCAGCCGGCGGGCAAGACGCGGGAAGCGGCUCGGUGGCCUUGCUCGUCAGUGGCGCGCAGAAUGCCGCUGGACUCGCCAGCGCCAAUGCGCUGUUCGACGAGAGCGGGAAUUUCCUCAUUUACGCCAGCAUGCUCGGCAUCAAAGUGAUCAACAUUGUCACGAACAAGGCGUCCAUCUUGCUCGGCAGAGACGAGGCAACGCGCUUCCUACGUCUUGCGCUCUUCCAGGGCGCCGCGGCCAAGAAGGCGAUGACGAGCCUCGCGCUUGCAGCGUCGGACAACCCUCUGGCGCAGGUGAAGCGCCUGCUGGACCCCACGCUGUUCAGCACGGCGCACAAGCGCGCGCGCUUCUACCUGUUUACGCGGAACGAGCCAGAGAGCGACCCAAAGUCAAAGGCGGGCGGGGAGCGCGAUGUGUUCAACGAGAAGCCGACACACGAGGAAAUGGCAGUCGCGACCGGCGGCGGCGGCGGCUCGUCGUCGUCGCGGCAGCUGGCGCGCGGCGCGGUGCUGCACACGUCCGUGGGGGACAUCCACCUGCGGCUGUACCCAGAGCACGCGCCCAAGGCGGUGGAGAACUUUGCCGGACUCGCACGGCGCGGAUACUACGACGGCGUGCUGUUCCACCGCGUGAUUGCGAAAUUCAUGCUGCAAACGGGCGACCCGCUCGGCGACGGGACCGGCGGGCAGAGCAUCUGGGGCGCCGAGUUCGCCGACGAGUUCACACGCGCCCUGCGCCAUGACCGGCCGUACACACUGAGCAUGGCCAACGCCGGGCCCAACACGAACGGCAGCCAGUUCUUCCUGACAACCGUGCCGACGCCGUGGCUCGACGACAAGCACACCAUCUUUGGCCGCGCCACUGCUGGCCUCGACGUCGUGCACCGCAUCGAGAACACGCGCGUCGACAAAAACGACAGGCCGCGGCAGGACAUCAAGAUCGUCAACGUCUCUCUGCAGGACUGA